CGCGGCCGCGCGCUCGCCCCGCCCUGGGGGGCGCCGCCAUGGUUCCGCCCGGCGCGGCGGCGGCCUGCGGGCGGAAGGAGUCGGGGGCGAGCGGCGGCGAGCGGCGGCGGCGCCCUCCCCGCGGCCCCUUCCUCACAGGGCGAGGCGGGCGGCGGCACCAUGGCGGCCCCGCCGAGGAGCUACAACCCCUUCGCCGAGGACGAGGAGGAGGCCGCGGCGGCGGACGGCGCCGAGCGGCAGCGCUACCUGCAGCGGGAGGUGCUGCGGCGCUCGGCCGCCACGGCCGACAGCACCAGCCGCUCCCUCGCGCUGCUGUACGAGUCGGAGCGCGUCGGCGUGGCCGCCUCCGAGGAGCUUGUACGUCAAGGAGAGGCACUGAAGCGCACAGAACAAAUGGUAGAUAAAAUGGACCAGGACUUGAAGACUAGUCAAAGACACAUAAAUAGCAUUAAGAGUGUUUUUGGGGGCCUGGUAAACUACUUCAAACCCAAACCUCCAGAGAGCAAGCCAGAGCAGAAUGGAACCCCUGAGUAUAAUGCUAACAGUAGAUUAAAAGAAGCAAUGAUGUCUAGUAAAGAGCAAGAGUCAAAAUACCAGGAAAGUCAUCCAAAUUUAAGGAGGCUAGAUAAUUCAGUGUUAGCAGACAAUGAUUUCAGCAGAGUAGAUUCAGUUUCUUCAGUGCAACGUGAUGCUUAUCCAAAGAAUCAACAUCUGCGAGCUUAUCACCAGAAAAUUGAUAACAACUUAGAUGAGAUGUCUUCUGGAUUGAGUCGUCUGAAAAACCUAGCUCUUGGUCUGCAGACAGAAAUAGAGGAGCAGGAUGAUGUGCUUGAUCGGCUAACUAAAAAAGUAGAGACACUGGAUGUCAACAUUGCAAGCACUGAUAAAAGAGUCCGACAACUUUAAAGGGUUCAUAGAAAUUUUUACUUCAGCAUCAGUUCUUCUUGGCUGUCCUAUCUCAUCAGAUCUCUCAAAAAAAUCUUGGGCAACAUCUAUUUUUUUUUCAUGGUAUGUCAUUGAUUUUGUUGUCAUUAAAAUUGCAUAAUCUUAUAUGCAGCAUAAUAUCUUUAUCUUAAGUUUUUUCUAAUGCACAUGGGAAAAGUGUGUGUUGAGUAAAAUCUUCAAGCACUUGAUAAGUGCUUUUGUGUUGGAUACCGUGUUCAAUAACGUUACUGUGUGUCAUGUGCAUGGAGGAAUUUGCAGUCCACAAUGCUUCAGUGUCCUUGGCCAGAGAGCUGUGAUGAGAAAAGUAACUACAUUUUGCCUCUGUUUUGGGGAGGGGGUGGAGGGGAACAGAAUGUGCUUCUGGUUCGGAACAAAUGUUGCUAAUUCUGUUUACCUACAGCUAUUCUAAAUUCUGAAAAAAUGCUGAUUUCCAGCUGUAAAAAUAAUUCCAAGUGACUGCCCUCUGGCAUUUCUGGGAAUUAAGGAACAAACUGUUUUAUGGAAGUUGUAAAAUAUCAAGGGUGUCAGGCAGUAAUGAUAAUAUUCUGUACUUGUUCCCUUUCCUAGGAUGACUUUUCCCAAAUGGUGGAUCCAUAAACUAUGGUGUUUAUGACUGAGUCACAGAAUUUUCUCCUUUACAGUAUUUUCCGUAAAGAUUGGUGCAAGAAAUGUUGAUGACAAUGACCCAAAAAGCUUAGGUAGCAAAAUCAGGACUCAAGCAUACGUGUUCUAAAAGUUCCUUUCAUAUGCAUUGGCACUUUCUGCUUUUUCAUUUUCUGCCCUUUCUCAACCUACUCAGUUAGGUGGUUAUUUGAAGAAUAGCUUCCAUUUUAAAAAUGGAAAGUUGGACUGAUUCUGUAUGAACGUUGUAGGUGAUAGUUCCUUAAUUUAAUAUUUAUUUCAAACAAAGGUGAUGAGGGAGUGAGCGGAUGCUAUAGUCUUUUAUUUAAUGUCAGUGUUUUUAGCAAACUCAACUAUGAUUCACGUAUUUCGACAUUGACUUUAGCAGGUACAAAAAGUUCCUGCAGCUAAUGAAAAGUUCGAAAAUGUUUGAGUCUUCCAGAUACAAAUUGGGCCUUCCAAUUUGUUUAUUCUUUUGUGCGUACCACUGUAUCACAGAAGGGACCUGUGUCAGUAUUGGAACAUUCACUGUCACAAAUGACAAUGAGUGGCUAAGAAGUGAUAGUCACUUUGAGCUGGUGCCACAUGUUUGUAGAUGACAGGAAGAUCUUGGGGUUUAGGAUUAUCAAGAUUGUAUCCUUCAGGAACAUGGCAUUCAGGUUCUUUUGUCCUUUCCUUUUUUAAUGGAUUUGUUAGUUUGAGGUAACUUGCUACAAAGUGUACUAGACUGUAAAACCAGACCUAAGAAAUCCUGAGCCUUUCUUGUUUUACCAGGUUUCAUGAAAGUUCGCUUGUAGAAAAAUAAAUCACUAAAAAUAGCUACACUUGGGCAUCGUGUUAUGGAAAAAUAAUUAUUCCUGGGAUUACUAGCAAAGUAGAGUUAUGAAAUAGGUUUGAGGUGAGCCUAUGUUUUGCCUUACCUUACUCAUUGAUUCAGUCCCUAAAAAAAAAAUUCUGUGACUUGCAGUGACAUAAAAACUUGUGAACUAUUGAGUAUCUUUCAUAGCUUUUCAAUUUUCACUGUCAUGUAUAUUCACUUAGAAGCUUGAAAAAGCAUAUUAAUAUCAAUAUAUCAUCUACUUUUGUGGGUGUAUACCAUGAUUAAUUCUCACUUACUCUGCCAGGAUACUCACGAAUGAUUCGAUUUGAAACCUCAAGAAGGCUGAUGCAUUUCUUUAGUGAAUAGAAUGGAUCAUUAGUUUUCAAAACUAUACGUACCUUAGUGAAGUAAGGUUAAAAUUUUGAUUGUACCUGUUUUGAUUUCUUAUUUGACUCUCCUCUUUUUAAUUAAAAAGGUGAAAAGAAUUGUUUUUUUUGGUUUUUUUUACCCUAGUGCUGAUUAACAGACGCAUUUGUGUCUUAAGAAGAGGACUUGUAAAUUCUGUCCACAACAGAGAAUAUUAAAAAAAAUUCCCCAGUAAUUAAUGACACUCCUUUUAGUUUGAAACCUACUUUCAUCUUAAUGUAACUACUUUACAGCUUGACUCUUUCCAAAGACUUUGGUGGCUGGGAUGUAGGUUGAUGUUUUCUCCAGUAACUUAUGAUUAACAGAUGAGAAAUGUAGCUGGAAGAUCUAGUUCUGUUAUAUAUAAUAAAAAGAAAUGUGCAGCUUGAAUCCAAGCAAAAAUUACAGUUGAUUUAAGAGUGAAAUAUGUCUCCUUUCUGAUGUAAGCUCUUCCGUUUUUUUUCAGUCUAAAUUAUUUCACAAAGCUAACUUUGUUUUUUGGUCUUUCAGUUUGGUUAUAUCAGCCUUACUAGAAGUUUCCUGUAUCCUGGUCAGAUAUCUUUGAUGCUUUUAAAAAGCAGACAGGGAAGGGGAAUUAAAAAAAUCUUUUUCUGCUUUGAGUGCCUCGUGAUCCAAGCAGGCUAGAAAACCAGGAAUUCAGCCAUGUGGAAGUUAUAUAAAGCUCUGGCUUCUCAUCUCUUCCAACAAUCCCAUUCACUGUUUCAGUGAGUAACAUAUGCCUUUAUUUUCUCACUACUUGAGCUUUCCUGCUCUAUUUAUUACUUCUGUUUAAUGGCCUUGUUUUAAAAGAUUACUUCCCACAUCAACUUUCUUUUGUGGCAAUAAAGAUUUUGCAUUGGCAUAAAUGAUUAUCUGCUGCAAACAGAAUUCCUUUUCCAUUCUCAGCUUUCAUAAAAAUGCUUUAUACUUUCUGCUGCUAAAGCACUUAAGUCUAACUGACAUGAAGACACAAUACUGUUUUGUAAUAGUGAUGAAAUUUUUUUUGCUGGCUAAAAUAACUUUACAUCUUGCAGAAAGGGGAAUAUAAAAGAAAAAAAAAUAAAAAAUUAUUUCUGCCUUUCCAGGAAAUCUCAUCUUGCACAUGUUACUGAGGACUUAUUUCUGUAACUUUCCUUUUAGUUCCUGAGAUAAAUUACAAUUUUUAUUUCUUGUUGGAUACCAUUGAGAAAUUUAUCUUGUGUUAGGGACAGGACUUUCAGAAGGAACUGAAUUUUCACUGAAGUGCUAAAUUGAUAAGUUAAACCAACUGUUCUGCCUAAAUAGUCAUGUUGGCAUAGGAAUCAAUGUCCUUGCAGCAAAAUAGCUCUGAUUAAUGUUAUUCUUAUCGGCUUGAGUAGAAGUUUAAUAUUAAAGUUAAGAAUAAGAUAGCAAAAAAAUUCUAUUGUUGUCUUUGUAGAAUGAGGUUUUCUUUAAAGGUGUGCUAAUAAAUUUGGAAGAGGUAUAAAAUACAGGGAAGGAACAUACCCUUCCCGAUAUAGAUAAUAAGAUAUACUCUAAAAAAAUAAAGAGCAGGGAGAGAAGGGGGGAGCAGUAACUGGCUACUAGUUUCCUAGGUGUAGUUGAUUAUAAAUUUAUUGAGCAUUGAAUUAAAUAUGGUAACAAAUGAUGAUGUGCAGCUGAAUUUUAGUCUGUAUUACAAAGACUUAUUGCUGCGCUGAACUAUGUUGGCCUACUGAAAUCACUGGGACACUGCAUAGUGUAAUACGAGGGCGUACCACGGGUGCCAUCCGAAAUUUCUAGGAGAAACUAUUGCCUUUACUCAGGUUAUAUACAAAAUGCUGUCUUUGUGAAUCUGGCCUUUCCCUGAAAAAAGGUUUUUUAGCUUUUUUUUAAUGUGUGAAAUUUAUCUGAAAUAUUUUGCUGCCUAGUAGUUUUUGUGAAGUGAUUGUAACUUGUUAAAUGGUGAAAUUGAAAAUACUUUCCAACCACGCUGCCUUCAGAACAGACGGGCUUUUGUAGGCACUUCUACAAGAAUAGUGUCAUAUGAAGGAGGUGUAUUAUGUUUGACUUUGAAACUUGUGGAGCUUAAUCAUCAAAAUCGCAGGUAGUAAUUAUUUGUGUAAAUGGCUUUUUUUAAUAGUUAAUUAAUUAUAUGCCACCCAGAUAUAACACUUUUUAUACAAGUCAGAUCUCUCUCUCUUAUUUAAAUGCUAAAUUGGACUGUAGUUCAGCAAUUCAGGAUAUUGAAUGAAAUGAGUGCUGAAUGGUAAGAUGGUCAAUAAAGAUGCUUUUUGGUCAUGGA